AACUGCUGUGUAGUGCAUGUGAAUUUGAGAAAGAUUGUCUCACUUUGCUUUAUAGUGCUCAGUCGUAUAUGGUAUAAGGGCAUACCAACUGAGUUUUCUGUGUUGGACUGUGAACAUUAAAUUAUGAAAAAUAUAGGAACAUAUAGGCAUGGUCUCUUUAAUAAAUCUAACUAAGCUAUUCUGUGAUUAGAAUCAUGCCUAUACAUUUUAAUGAUGUGAAUUGUAUUUGAGCAGCCGAAGACACUUUUUUCAAGAUCUUACAUAAUCAUAAGUGAGAAAAAGACAAGAAGGAAAAGAAGAACAUAGGUGUGGCAAGUAUUCAUGGCUGGAACAUACUGCUCUCAUUGAUUUAUUUUAUGAGCAUCUCCUUGAACCUUUGAUACAAGGUCAAGUGCUUGGUUUAACAGUUUAACAUCUACUCAUAUUUUCACUCAGUUCAACACUAUGAACUGCAAUGAAGACAACCAGCAGGAAUCUGACAGAUUCUUUAAAGAAUUCAAUGAUCAACUGCAAAAGGAAACUAAUGAAACUGGUAUUUUCUUACCAGCGAUGAUUAAAAACCGGACCACGUUGAAACCAACAUUUAAGGAUGCAAUACCCCAGAUCAUCGCAAGUUGUAUCAUACAUUGUAUAGUCAUUCAAGGAGGAAUUAAUAUGGCUUAUAGUACAGUAUUGAACAAUGGCCUACAGAAAGCGGAAGGAAAGCUACGAAUCUCAAAAGAUCAGGAAUCUUGGAUAGCAAGUCUGGUAACAAUAUCUUUGCCGAUCGGAUCUCUCCUGACUGGUCCACUAAUGGAUAAAUUCGGUCGAAAGAGCAUAUGUUUGCUGACCUGUAUACCAGCAUCGAUAUCCUGGAUUCUGAUACUCUUAUCGAAUUCCAUCAGUACCAUUUAUGCAGGCCGUGUGAUAGCCGGUGCCUCAGCAGGCUUGUCGACAGUAGGUCUGGUCUAUGUCUCCGAGAUUACCCAUCCUCAGCUGCGAGCGAUGCUUCUCUGCCUGAACUCCGUCUUCGUAUCUUUAGGGAUUCUUAUAACCUGCUGUCUUGCCGUUUGGCUUAGAUGGGAUACCAUGGCAGCAGUUUUUCUUGUCUUAAAUUGCUGUGUGUUCCUGGCGCUCUUCAUUGUACCAGAAAGUCCUUACUGGCUUAUGUGCUUUAGCAACGGGAUGCUCAACGAGAAUAGCACAGGGAGAGCCGAAAAGAGUCUCAAGUGGUUGAACAGAAGGGAAAUAAUAUACGAGCAGGAAUACGCUCGGAUUAAAGAGAUCUCCUCCACUCGGGUAAUGAAUGCGGAGUCGUCAAAGACAUUGCUCCAGUCCAUCAACUUAUUCUACAAAGAACUCAUGUUGCCUACAGUAUACAAGCCAAUGUGCAUACUCUUCUUCCUUCUGCUGCUGCAGCAACUAUCCGGCGCAUAUGUGGUGAUCUUCUACGCGAUAUCCGUUUUCAAAGAAAUUGGUGGCACCUUCGGAGCUGGUCUCGACGCAUACGGUGCACUGGUGAUGUUAGGUGUGAUACGAUUCAUCAUGAGUAUUCUGACGGCCUAUUUUAGCAAGCGCUACGGGCGUCGUGUACUCUGCAUAUCCAGCGGUCUCGGGAUGACCUUCUCCAUGUUCUUCUCAGCAAUGUACAUGUACUUAACCUCCUCGUGCGACGAAAACGGUACCGUCAAGCAGACGAUGGCUAAUCAGAAGUGGCUUCUCUUGGUUAUUGUACUCUUUUACGUGUGUACAAGCUCUCUGGGAUUCGUGGUAAUACCCUGGACCCUCAUAGGCGAACUCCUGCCCAUAUCGGUCCGCGGCACGGGCAGUGGUCUUAUGGUGUCCUUAGCUUAUAUUAUGAUGUUUGGCGUCAUCAAGAGUUAUCCUUAUGCCAUCGAAGGGAUGGGUGGCCAGGGCAUAUUUUUUUUCUUCAGCUUCACUUCCCUUCUUGGUACUAGCUUUGUCUAUUUCUUCCUACCGGAAACACUCGGCAGGACAUUCACGGAAAUCGAGCAGUAUUUUACCACCAAUAGAAAAACACGUUCAUGUUAACUCCAUAAUAAGAUGCGAUGUUUCUUGUAAAUAAAUACGAAGUUAUUUUCAUAUCUAA